AUGACAACAGUUUGUUGAUUGAUUUUGGUCUUUUUGGAUUGUUUGUUUUUUCUAAUUCCAUUCUAAAAAUUAUCUUUACUAUCUUAAUCAUCAAUCUUGGUGGGUAUCAUGGAGGGUAAAGAAUAUGAUUUAACUGUGUUCGGUGCCACCGGUUACACAGGUAGAUAUGUUUUCCGUAACCUAAUUCUCUGGCAGGAGAUUGAAAAGAUUCCCAGAAAAGUUGCCAUAGCGGGAAGAAAUAAAGCUAAAUUGGAAUCAUUGAUUAAGGAAACAGCUUUACAAUUGGAUAAGAAUCUUGAUUCAAUUGGUUUAAUCAUCGCUGAGAUUGAAAAUGAGGAAAGUUUACUCUCAAUGUGCAAAAAGACAAAGGUUGUUCUCAAUGCGUGUGGACCUUACAUACUUUAUGGUGAACAAGUUGUCAAAGCUUGUAUUCAGAGAAAAGCUCAUAUGGUUGAUAUUUCUGGUGAACAUCAAUAUCUUGAAAGUAUUCAGUUAAAGUAUCAUGGAGCUGCUCGAUCAGCAGGUGUCUAUAUUAUCGGUUCAUGUGGUUAUGGUGCUAUUCCAGCGGAAAUUGGUACCGAUUAUUUGAAGCAGAAAUUUUCAUCUGGUAGACUAAGUCAAGUAGAAGGAUUUUUAAAAUCAAAACAAGGAAAACAUGGAAUCACACUUAACUAUGGAGCUCUUCAUACUCUUGUUGAAUCUUUUUCCAAUGCUAAUCAAUUACUUGAAGUGAGACACAGAUAUCGAAGUCAAUUAUUCACCAAGAAUUUACCUUCACCAAAAUAUCCAAUGAAAGUUAAAUUUUUACCCUGGAGAAAUGAGGAAUUGGGUGGUUGGUGUGUUCCUCUCUCAUUUUCUGAUCGUGAUAUUGUAAACAAUAGUCAAAGAUGGUUCCAUGAAUAUCAGAAUGAAAGACCUGUACAAUUUGAAGAGUAUAUUGUGGUACCCAAAAUCUAUCAUGCAAUCAUACUCACCCUUGGAAUGUUAUACUUUAAUUUUCUCACCUAUUUCAAUUUCACCCGUAAAUUGUUACUUAAAUAUCCAAUUUUCACCGUUGGAUAUUUUUCUAAAGAAGGACCAACCCGACGACAACUUGAAGACAUUUCAUUUACCUUUCAGUGUGUAGGAAAAGGUUGGACGACUCCCUGUCAGGGCGAUGAAUAUGAUCACCCACCCAAUAAGACUUUAAGUUGUCUCAUUUUCGGUCCCGAUCCUGGUUAUGAGACAACCUCCCGAUGUCUCAUUCAGUCAGGCCUAACAAUCCUCGAAGAAAGCGAUAAAAUGCCAUUCGAAGGUGGCUGUUUAACUCCUGCAUUUGCUUUUCGAAACACAUCACUCCGUCAACGAUUAAAUCGCCAUGCAGUUUCGUAUGAAUUAAUCGAAAUUAUACUAAUCAUGUUGUCCAAAUUAACCAGAUUUGGAUCCAUUUUCCUUAAAUCUUCACCUAAACCAACCUUUUCAUCAUCUCUUAGAUUUAUUUCCCUUUCUUCUUCCUUGAAAAAACCAAUCUCAUCUUCUCUAUUAAAUGUACCACGUUUUUCAUCAAAUUAUUUACCAAUUAAUUUAAAUCGUUUCUACAGUAGUGGAAAUAUUGGUAAAGAAAUGGAAUCCUUUCUCAAUGAAGAAAUUAAAGCUGAAAAGUCUUCAAGUAAACCAGUGAAAAAUAUUCCUGGUUUCGAAGUCAAGGCUGAUGGAGCUUUAGUAGAAUUAACUAGAAAAUUUAAAGAUGAAACCAUUCGUAUUAGAUUGAAUGUUAAUGGUUCAACUACAGACGAAGAUGUUUCUGAGUCAGCGGAAUCAGAAAAUGCACCAGCUCCUGGUCCAUUGUUGUCUAAACCAAGUUUUUCUAUAGAAAUUAUCAAACCAACAGGAAAAACUCUUUGUUUAUCUUGUAAUUUUUCCAGUGAUAUGAAUCAAUUUGAAGAAGAUGCUCAAUCAGCUAAUCCUCAACCAUCAACUGAGGAUAUUUUUGAAAUCGAUGCAAUCACUGUUCUAGACAAACCUGCUGAAGAAAUAGAUGAUAAUGUCUACAUGGGCGAUGCUUCCCUGAUAGAUGGUCAAUUAUAUGAUAUUCUUAUGGAUUAUCUUGAUGAGCGAGGUAUUGGUAAAGAAUUUGCUUCUCAUUUAAUUGAUUAUUGUACCGGUUACGAACAUGAGAGAUACAUCAAAUUAUUGGAAGAUCUCAAAAGUUUCGCCGCUUAAAUCAUCUCAUUUAAAAUUAUCACCUCUCUCUCUCACAGAUCAUAUAACAUAUUAGUCAAAAUUGUAUUAAUCAUCCUAAUCAAUGAAACCAAAACAAUUAUGUAUAAAUUUUCCCAUAGUUUUUUUUAUUCCUUAGAUGUAUCAUAGUUUAAACACUGUGUUGAUUAAUUUGUAAAUUAAAUUAGUAAUUUAAUCUAAAA